CGGCCAGCCCCCCUCCCCCGCCCCCGGAGAGAGCGAGAGUCGGACCCGCUGGACUCCCCACCACCCCCCUAACCCCGAAGGAGGACCCGAGUGAGAGAGGGAACCGCGUUGCCACGGGAGAGGCCUCGGUGCAGGGCUCCAGCAUGUUUGCGUCGGUUAAGGCUUUCGAGGAGCAGCAGUACUCCACCCUCAAGAGGCAGUGCCUGCAGAGUGGUCUGCUCUUCGAAGACCCCCGCUUCCCCGCCGUCGACGACUCGCUCUUCUACCAGGGCAACAGGAUCGGACGCGUAGUGUGGAAGAGGCCGCGGGAGCUGUGCGAAGACCCUCACCUGUUCGUAGACGGCAUCAGCGCACAUGACCUCCACCAGGGGCAGCUGGGGAACUGCUGGUUUGUGGCGGCCUGCUCCAGUCUGGCUUCCAGAGAGUCAUUAUGGCAAAAAGUGAUUCCUGACUGGAAAGAGCAGGAGUGGGACACGGAGAAGCCCGAUUCGUACACCGGCAUCUUCCAUUUCCGCUUCUGGCGCUUUGGCGAGUGGGUGGACGUGGUGAUCGACGACCGGCUGCCCACUGUGGACAACCAGCUGGUCUACUGCCACUCCAACGACAGCAACGAGUUCUGGAGCGCGCUGGUGGAGAAGGCCUACGCCAAGGUUUAUGGCUGCUACGAAGCUUUGGACGGCGGCAACACGGCAGAUGCGUUGGUGGAUUUCACGGGAGGGGUGUCGGAGCCAGUGGACCUGCUGGAGUGUCAGAUGGCAACGGAUGAGGCAGCCCGUAACCAGCUGUUUGAACGAGUCCUCAAAGUGCACAACCGAGACGGCCUUAUCAGCUGCUCCAUUCGGGCAACCACAGUGGAGGAUAUGGAGGCGCGCCUGGACUGCGGCCUGGUGAAAGGCCACGCUUACGCCGUGACCGACGUCCGCAAAGUGCGGCUGGGUCACGGGCUGCUGGCGUAUUUCAAGUCGGAAAAGUUGCACAUGAUCCGCAUGAGAAACCCAUGGGGAGAGAAAGAGUGGAGCGGCCCUUGGAGCGAUAGUUCGGAGGAGUGGAACAAGGUGAGCAAGAGCGAGAGGGAGAAGCUCGGUGUCACCGUGCAGGACGACGGCGAGUUCUGGAUGACGUUUGACGACUUCUGCCAGUACUUUACCGACCUGAUCCUGUGUCGCCUCAUCAACACGUCUUACCUGAGCAUUCACAAGACAUGGGAGGAGGAGGUGAUGCGGGGCUCCUGGAUCCACCGCCAGGACCCCUUGCGCAACCGUUCGGGCGGCUGCAUCAAUCACAAGGCCACUUUCCUCCAGAACCCACAGUACGUGUUUGACGUAAAAAAGGUGGAGGACGAGGUGCUAAUCUGCUUGCAGCAGAAGGAGAAGAGAGCCACACCCAAAGAAGGAAAAGGGGAGAAUCUUGCCAUAGGCUUCGAUAUCCACCAGGUGGAGCUGAACCGCAAAUACCGCAUGCACUCAGCCCAGCAAAAAGUUGCGGGCUCCAUCUACAUCAACUCGCGAUGCGUCUUCCUUAGGAAGGAGCUGAAGGAGGGCCGCUAUGUCAUUAUCCCGACCACCUUUGACCCGGGCCAGCAGGGAGACUUCCUGCUCCGCGUCUUCACCGACGUGCCUUCGGACUGCAAAGAGCUGAACCUGGACGAGCCCCCUCAGACUUGUUGGACGGGCAUGUGCGGCUACCCUCAGCUGGUCACCCAGGUCCACGUUCUCAACGCCGAGGGUCUGCAGGGACAGGACUCCAAUGGAGCGGUUGACCCGUACGUAAUCAUCACCUGCGAAGGCGAGAGAGUCCGCUCGCCUGUUCAGAAAGACACCCGGUGCCCCAACUUUGACAUCAAGGGUCUGUUUUACCGCAAGAAGCCAAAAGAAGGAGUCCACAUCGAGAUCUACAACAAGAACAUGAUCGUGGACACCUUCCUUGGUCAAGUGGUGAUGUUCAGUGACCCCAACGAGCGUCAGGAGCAGCACACGCUUCACCUCCGCGAUAAGGGCAGUCGCCAGGACAGCGACCUGCCCGGCACGCUCACUGUCCGCCUCAUCACUUCCACCACGCUCACUAACAUCUGACCAACACUUUAAUUCAUUCUUUCCCUUAAUUAUUUAGUCCUCAUUUAUUGUUUUUUUUCUCAUUGACUGCCAUUGACAACAAUAGUUGUCCAAUCUGCUUUAACUCCCAGUUCAAAUGGAUUGGAUGUCUAGCACUGUCAAUGACAGCAAAUGAGUUAAUACAGGGUUUCCCCAAAAAUAAUUUGAAUAUUUACUGCUUAAGUCAAUGUCUGUCAUUGACGCCGCUAGACGUCCAAUCUAUUUUGACUGGGAGGGGCGAAUGAUUCACCCCUCCUAGUCAAAAUAGAUUGGACGUCUAGCGCCAUCAGUGGCAUUGAAAAAUAAUAAAAAUAGUAAAAUAAUCAUUCCCGGCCGAUCUUCCCAGUUUAAAUGAAUUGGAUGUCUUGUUAAAUAGUUAAAUACUUAUGUUAAAUUCUUAUGUUAAAUAAUAAAUGAGUUAAAUAGUAUGAAAUUAAGAAAUUAAAAAAAAGGGGGGGGGGUGUUAUUGGGGGUCAUAACCAGAAUAUACUAGUAUUUGUUUUUGUUCAUUUUAAUUUUAUGAUAUUUUUGAUAAACAUUUGUAUGAAUUCAUAUUAUUAAAUAAAAGAAAAACAUUAAAAAUAAUAAUAAGAAUAAUUAAACUAUAUUUGAGCCACGUUUUAAAACAAAUGCUAAUUUUGUGGCCUGUGUGACCCAAAAUGUGAUGUCCACAUAUAUAGAUGUUGUUUUAAUUACCCCGAAUAGUCACUUGUGCUAUAAAGGGUUUUUAAAAAAGUAACAAAUAAUGUGCAAAACUUUUUAAAUAUCUUUUUCCUUCCUUCCCCUUAUUUGUGCUGUUAGGCCCCAAAUAUAACAUAAUAACUACACAAAAAUCAUCCACACUUUAAAAAAAAAAACUAAAAUUUACAGCAGGGUCGAGAACGAAAAGUGGUAUUUGGUUUGUGGUUAAAUGUAUUUUGCCUUGUAGCAUUUUUUUAUCAUGUGGCAUUUUUUUGGUAUGUGGCAAAAUGGAUUUUGGCUUGUCAUCUUUUUUUCUUGCAUGUUUUUUUUUUCUUGCAUGUUUUUUUUCU